UAUACAAGCACAGACCUUCCCUCCCACCACCCCCCUCGUGCGCCCCAUGCACGGGGACACCAAUGUGUGACAGUGGCGGAUGGCCUUGGCCACGCAGGACGCAGCCGCUGCGCUUCGCCUUCGCGAGACAGGUUCCACACGCGCCCCCUUUUUUUUUUUUUUAGACUAGACUAGCCUCGCGUCUUUUUUACUCCCUCUCUCUCUGUCUCUCUCUCUCUCUCUGUGUCUCUCUCCCUGCCACUAAUCUCAUACACUCCUCUCUUGGUCGCCUCGAGCCCACCCGUGGGAGAAAAAGAAAGAAGGAGUGAAGGAAGACGCGCGCUGCCGGGAGGGAGACGUGUCUCAGCGGAGAGCGGUAAGCAGAUAUAGUUUUUCUUCUGAUCUCUGGUCGAUGGAUUUAUCACUGACAAUACGACAAUAUUUUAGCUAGAAAAUCGAGUGAAGCAUGGGUGACUGGAGCUUUCUAGGGCGGCUGCUGGAGAAUGCUCAAGAACACUCCACUGUAAUUGGAAAGGUUUGGCUGACCGUCCUCUUUAUCUUCCGUAUCUUGGUGCUGGGCGCAGCAGCUGAAGAGGUUUGGGGUGAUGAGCAAUCUGACUUUACUUGUAACACGCAGCAGCCCGGUUGCGAGAACGUCUGCUACGACGAGGCCUUUCCCAUCUCCCACAUCCGCUUCUGGGUGCUACAGAUCAUCUUUGUCUCCACACCCACUCUCAUCUACCUGGGCCAUGUGCUGCACAUUGUCCGCAUGGAGGAGAAGAGGAGGGAAAGGGAGGAGGAGCUCAGGAAGGCCGGACGGCACCAGGAGGACCACGAUCCUCUCUAUCACAACGGAGUCGGUGAUGGAGGAAGAGGAGGAGGUGGGAAGAAGGAGAAGCCACCAAUUCGUGAUGAGCAUGGGAAGAUCCGGAUCCGCGGGGCGUUGUUGAGGACCUACAUCUUCAACAUCAUCUUCAAGACUCUGUUUGAGGUGGGCUUCAUUCUGGGACAGUACUUCCUCUAUGGCUUCCACCUGAGGCCGCUCUAUAAAUGUGGCCGCUGGCCCUGCCCCAAUACUGUGGACUGCUUCAUCUCCAGGCCCACUGAAAAGACGAUCUUUAUCAUCUUCAUGCUGGUGGUUGCCUGUGUCUCUCUGGUCCUCAACUUGCUGGAGAUCUACCACCUGGGCUGGAAGAAAGUCAAGCAGGGGGUCAGCAAUGAGUUUGUACGCGACAGUGAGUCGCUGCUGCCGGGUGGAGAAGAGCCUGGAGACGCAGAGACGAUUCCUGAGCAGACCUCUCCGUCAGUGCUCAGCUGUUUGCCGGCGUAUGCUAGCGUGAAUGUGUUGGGUGGAGCAGCAGAGGGAGGAGCCUACGGUCCAACCGAAGCCUCCCCUGCCUCUGUGCCCGCCACAUACAAGAUGGACGGCUCAGCGUUCCACGCAGACAACUUCCUUUUGGAGGCCAAACCCAGUUCUUUUUAUGGUGAGAAAGUACGUGUUGGGAGCCACGGGCAGCUGAUGGUGAUGGAGCAGAACUGGAGCAACAUGGCACUGGAGCUCCACAAUCUGGAAGGAAAAAACUCCUCCUCCUCCUCCUCCUCUUCUUCCUCCUACCCUCCUCCUCUUCCUUCUCCUCCAACCUCCGCCUCUUCCUCUCCUCAUGAGGAGACCAUCCCACCGCUUCCUCAAGGGGAGCAACACUCCACAUUUCCUACACUUCCUCGUCAUACCCCUCUCUCUACCCUUGCACCGGUGGAGGUGGCGGUGGAUGAGGAAAACACAUCACCUUGUAUGGUCCCACAUGACGACUUCACCGUGGUUACCCAGGCGGAGAUGCAUCAGCCUCCUACUGCUGCUGCGAGAGACAUCCGGAAGCCAAGUCGGGCCAGCAAGAGCAGCGGGGUCCGAGCUCGCCCUGAUGACCUGGCAGUGUAGCUAAAACACACACACACACACACACACACACACGCACACUCACACAUUUACACAACCAUGCAUCCAUGCUGUGUACACAGAAAAUCUACAUGGCCAAUUUUUUCACAUAUGCACAACAGUAUAAAACCACACACAAGCAUGCCCUCCAGCAAAAGACAUGCUUGCAUGGAAGAUGUGCAAAACACUACCACAUUCAGCUGGAGGUGGCUGCUCAUUUAAAUCUCAGAAUUAUGAACUAGAAGUAGAGAUAGGUAAGGAGUUUGGCCAGACAUGAGCUUCACAACUUGUAAGACAUCAGCUCAUAGGGGCUUUGCCUAGCAACACAUCUGGAGUCAUAUCGGAGUCAACUUCAGCUCCAUAGUUAGCGCCAUGAGAGUGGUGUCAAUCUUCUUACCCAACUCUCGGUGAAAUCGUGAAUUCCCAUAUUUUCUAAAAUGUAAUUAUUCCUUCAAACAGCACAAUCAGCAUACAAUCUCCAACAUGGCUGCCAAAGAGUAGAUUACAGUAUCUCAAUUUCUUUUUUUUUUAAUGAUUAGCUGCCGGGUACAAAGAGAGAAAUUAAGCGCCAACAUGGCUGCCACUUACUGUUCUGGCCGUACUCUCACAUUUCUUUGGAGAGGUUGGACAGGGGAGGUAGAAAGGCCCAUGAAAUGGGAAUCACAAACACAUACAUACACAUACUUACACAUACAUAUAGCCACCACAGACACAAAAACGGAAA